CAUUUUUGUCACUAGAGCAAACCAUUUUUAAUCUGAGUUCAACCACUAUUUUUUCCUUUGUCUUAAACCACCCAAAUGUCCCUUUAGUAGAAGAACACAGCCUCUUGCAAGAGAAGUUCCUGAAAAGUAUCCGCUUCAACAUCGCUUGCCACCUAAUGAAAUGUCUAUCAAGUAUUUUAUCGUAAUAUUUUUUUGUGGAAACGUGGGACACAGCUUUCAAACAGCAUCAAUGUCAACUCUGCCUACUAUUUUUGUUUCAACGAUAACGGGGACCUCAGGUGACAGGGAAAAUGCCACAGAAAAAUCAUCCAGCCAGCCAACCCAACCGGCCAGAGUCCCUUCCAACCAGCCAACCCAACCUGCCGAAGUCCUUUCCAACAAGCCAACCCAACUGGCCGGGGUCUCUUCCAACAAGCCAACCCAACUGGCCGGGGUCUCUUCCAACAAGCCAACCCAACUGGCCGGGGCCUCUUCCAACAAGCCAACCCAACUGGCCGGGGCCUCUUCCAACAAGCCAACCCAACUGGCCGGGGCCUCUUCCAACAAGCCAACCCAACUGGCCGGGGUCUCUUCCAACAAGCCAACCCAACUGGCCGGGGUCUCUUCCAACAAUCCAACCCAACUGGCCGGGGUCUCUUCCAACAAGCCAACCCAACCGGCCGGGGUCCCUUCCAAUCAGUCAACCCAACCGGUCGAAGUCCCUUCCAACCAGUCAACCCAACCGGCCGAAGUCCCCUCCAACCAGUCAACCCAACUGAACGGAUCCCUUUCCAGCCAGUCGACCCAACCGACUUGGGUCCCUUCCGGCCAGCCGACCCAACCGAGCAGGGUGCCUCCUAUCCAGCCAACUCAACCGGUCAAGGACGCUUCCAGCCAGCCGACACAUCCGGCCGAGGCCCCUUCCAGCCGGCCGACCCAACCGGCCGAGGCCCCUUCCAGCCGGACAACGCAACCCGCCCCUUCCAGUCAGACAACCCAACUGUCCACGGCCCCUUCCCGCCAGCCAACGCAACGCCCUACUUCGAUUUCCUCUACGUCGCCAAGGGAUAGGUUUCCCCCGUUUCUUUCGGAAGCUAACAGUAAAGUGGGUUCUCAAACUGAGUCCCGGUACUCUAAUGCAAAUUCAGCAGCUGCGCUGUUAAUUGGGAUCAUUUUGACUGCUAUGAUGCUACUUAUAAUAGUAAUUGUUCUAUGGAAAUGCUGGAAAAAACCAAAACGAAAUGACCAGAACUGGGCUGGUCGUUCUCCAUUUGCAGAUGGUGACACCCCUGACAUCUAUAUGGAUAAUAUUAGAGAAAAUGAGGAAAUCACAAAACGCACCUCCAUUAUUUCAUUACCUUGGAAGCUGAGCAAAAACACUCUACUAGCAGAUGACUUAGAUAUUAAGUUGUUUGAAUCAAGAGAAAACACGGAAUCAUCAAAUUACCUGACUGAAGAUGAAAUGCACGACCCAACAGACCCUACGUCGGACAGCACUGAUGACUUAGAAGUUGGCAGUCCAGCUUGUCCGCUGAAUGAUCCAGAUCUACCACCACCCCCUCCACCUCUUGUUGAUUUGGAAACACUGAACCAGGAAUGCGAGCCACCCACUUUACUCCUUCAGUCUGACACCUUUGAUCUGCCACUGCCCCCGGGGGAUUCCAACCAGGUCCAGAGGGCCAACUCUGACGACCAAGAGUCAUUUCCUCCACCUCCUCUUGCCUCCCUCAGUUUGCCACCUGCCCCGGAAUGUUUCAAAGUCCAGCAAGACCACACCUCUGAGGAGGUCAAGUCACUUUCCCCUGAACUAGAGACUCAAUCUUAUCACUUUCCUACUCCUCCAGAUCUGGUUCAUCACGACCUAGACAAAAUACUGCCUCCGCCCCCUGAUGAACUGCUAUAAACUAUCCCUGCUUGCUGUUUUCAGUUGAUCUUACGUAUCUCCUAACUGGCUGGCUUGAGUCGGGAAAGUACUACGAAAUCACAGCUUUCAGUUUGGAAAAUCUGUAAUGAUCCGCUUACCACCCAUUUACAAAGUCCGCGUUGAUACGAAAAUGCCAAGGAAACAAAAAAAAAUGACUAACGGUGUGAGUCUGGUGAGAGCCCGGGAAUGUGUCCAACUUUAUCGUCUUGUAUCUAUCCUAGUGCUUUGGACAGUGCUUGGCACAGAGUAAGCACUGAACGAAUGCCACCAUUCUUAGGAAUAAUAGUGUCGUUUGUUGAUGAUGCUGCCCCGAGAAGAGAUGAUGGAAUGAUACUAGCUGAUUUUCAAGACACACAAAAACCUCUUGUUGGCAAAUUAUCUUAAGAGUUCUGAUACCUCUGGGAAAUAAAUGUCAAGAAACGGGCAUCACGUGAAUGAACACAGAUCUUGCCACAAACAAAAUGUUUUCAUGUAUUUUUUAGACUGAGAAACCUGAAAGAAAGCAUUUUGUUCAUUUACUAUUCUAGGUGAUUAAAAAUUUAAAACAUAAGCGUCUGCAGAGACUUUGAUUAAAAUGAAACCUGAAAUUUGA